AUGACGGCAGCAGGUGUAAGUUCAACUGAAAAAAAUGCAUCACCUGGCGAUCAACAACGUUUAAAUGAAGGUAAUGGUAAUGACAAUGAAGAUAAAAUUGUUCAAGAAUUUAGUCAUCUUUUGGAAAAAUCAAAACAAUUAUUUAAUGGAUUAAGAGAUCUUCCACAAUAUGGUCAUAAACAAUGGCAACCAUAUUUUGGACGAACAUUUGAUGUAUAUACUAAACUAUGGAAAUUUCAACAACAACAUCGAGUUCUUCUCGAUAAAAAAUAUAAUCUUAAACGUUGGCAAAUAGGUGAAAUAGCAUCAAAAAUCGGUCAACUUUAUUAUCAUUUUUAUAUUCGUACAUCAGAAACAAAUUAUUUAAAUGAAGCUUUUGCAUUUUAUUCAGCUAUACGUACACGUGCCUAUUAUUCAAAAGUAAAUCGUGAAGAAAAACCUGAUCUUAUGGUUAAAAAAUUACGUUAUUAUGCACGUUUUAUUGUUGUUUGUCUUUUAUUAAAAAAAACAAAAAUAAUGCGUGAAUUAGUAUGUGAAUUAAAUCGACAAAUAGAUGAAUAUGUAAAAGCAUAUGAUCCAGAUGAUAGUCUUGAAUGGCAACUUGUUCUAAAUGAAAUAUCAACAUUUAUUGAUGUUGAUAAUCAAUUAAAUAUUGAUCAUAUACCAAUAACAUUAUCAUAUCGUUUAACUAAUUUCUUAAUACCACCAUUACCAAUAGGUUCAGAAAAAAUUUUAUCAAAUAUACAAUUAUAUACAGUUGAAGAAAUACUUAUUAUUGGAAAUUAUCAAGAUCAAAUUAAAUUUAGUGAACUUACAAUUGACAUGUAUCGAAUGUUACAAGCUGUUGAAAAACAAUCAAUUGAAUCAACAUCAUCUUAUGAUGAAAAAACAACUGUUCAAUCUCCAAUAUCAACAAAUCAUCAACAACGUGACAUCUAUAAUCUAUACGAUGGUGAUUUUCAAAAUCGACCAAAUCCUCAUAAAUAUCUUUUAUAUAAACCAAAUUUUAGUCAAAUUUAUGCUUUUACUGCAUCUGCAUUUAAAGAAUUACCAAAUCAUGGUAUACUUCUUCUUUAUAUAUCAGCUGAUGGUUAUGAUACACAUUUAAAAAGUAAAAUAGAACAAUCCUAUGAUUUUGGUGGUGUUAAAACAAAUAAUCGUCGUGAUGAUACAAAUGAAAAUUCAAAUUCACCACCAACAUCAACAACAAAUACAUUAGGAAAAAAAUCUCCACCAUCAUUAUCAACAACAACAACAACAACAACAACAACAACAAUAGGUUCAAUUAAAGAUAUUCAUAAUAUAUUUCCAGGAGAUCUUUAUCCAUUUUUACGUAAACCAUUAUUUUUAAUAAUUGAUAGUAAUAAUAGUAUUGCUUUUCAAAAUAUGCCGAAUUUAUUUGGUCAACCAUUUGUAUCAUUACUUUCACCUAUUAAAUUACCAACAGUAUUUCAUGAUUAUCAAAAUAAAGGAAGUUUAUUUACAUUAUUUUUAACAUCGCCUAUAUUUGCAUUUUGUUUUGUAUGUCAUUUAAAUGAUUUAACAAAUGAACAAUGGAAUUUAUGUCUAGAACAUAUUAAUAAAAUUAUAUUUGAAAUAACAAAAUUAUUUUUAAAAUCAAAACUUGUUGACAGUACAAUUUAUCAUUUUUUUGCGGAUGAAUUUUUACGUUUAUUUCUUUCACGUUUUGUUUUUUGCUAUGCUGUACUUCGUUUACAUCGAGCAUUUAAGGGAUCUGGUUUUUAUCCAUCAUCUCAACCUCAAUUAUCAAAUGAUCUCCUUGAAAAUGUUCAAGUACAUAAAAUGAUUCUUGAAUUAUCAGCUUUAUUAAAUGUUCGUCAAUUAUUUCUCGAAGGGCCAUUGACAACUGCUGAUUUAAUAUCAUCAAAUCAAUAA